CUUUAACUGGCAUUUUACAAUACUGUGUGCGCUAAGCCUGCCAGACUUGAUCACAUUUUAACAGCGCGAACCGAUGUGGCUCAAAUAACACUGAAAUAACUUUUUCUUUCGAAUUUCACCAGAUCAUCUGGUUGGCCGCAAGUGGCACAGGUGGCAUAAAACGAAACAGAGCAGACCAAAGCCAAACAUUCUUUUUGUUCAAUUGCAAUCAUCAUUGCCGAAUAUCAGAACAACAACAGCAGCAGCAGCAACUACAACUAUGGGCAAUAAGAUGUUGGCCGAUAAUACAACCGUUUCGACGGAAUCCAGCAGCAGGAAACACAAAAAACUCACCCAGCCGCCCACAACUAGUAAGCUGAUCGAGCAAAAUGUGCUGCCAGCAAAGAAAUCAUUGAUUAUUACAUAUAUUUUGUGGCUGGUUGGUGGCAUGUUUGGAUUGCAUCAUUUGUAUUUGCAUCGUGAUCGACAGGCGUUCGUCUGGUGGUGUUCGCUGGGUGGCUACUUUUUUGGCUGCAUCUACGAUAUUUGGCUAAUACCCGGAUAUGUGCGUGAUGCCAACGAGGAUCCGCGUUUCGUCAAACAGUUUGUGGCAAAGUUGCAGCUGCAUCCAACGCCACCAUAUUCGGGCGCGCGUCUGACGGGCGAGGUAAUGAUUGGCUAUUUGUUUGGCCAGCUUUUUCUGUCGGCCAUACCGCAAACGAUUACGGCUGGCAUCGAUUUCACUUGGCUGCACUGGUGCAUUCCGGUCUUUGUGUCGCUGGGCGUGUGGACCGUUGGCAACAUUGGACGCGAGUGCGGCGUCUGGUGGCACUGCCUCCUCGGCGCUCUAGUCAUCUAUCCGGUUCGCUAUUUGAUCUAUGACGAAACGUACACUCUGCUCCUGACCGCCGUCGUUUCUGCAUUGAUCUUCGACUCGAAGUCGAAACAGUGGCUGCGAACACCGCCACGCAGGCGUGGCACGAUGGAGCGUAGCGUUCAAAUUGGUGGCGCCGUUUGCAUUUAUUUGGGCCUGUUUAGCUGUAUGAUCUUCUUCAAUGGCACCAUCACGGAUGAGUAUGGCAGCGAGGUGCCCAUACGCGAGGCGUUGCAAAAUUUCUUGGCCUCCGCCUGGUGGACGGAUCUGAAGCAGGCGCUGAGCGACACGCUCAACUAUGCCAAGCAUAACGGCUGGAGUCAGGUGUGGCGCGAGAUACUCGAGAGCAUGGAUGUCCAUGGUGAGCGCAAUGCGUACAAGGUGCUGGACAUUAGUGCAACGGCAUCGCAGGCCGAGAUUACGGCUGCGUAUCGGCGGCUCUCCAAGGAGCAUCAUCCCGACAAGGCCAAGGACGAGGCCCAGCGUGCCGCUGCCAAUCAGCGUUUCAUUGAAAUCCAGCAGGCCUACAGCGUCCUCAGCAAAAUCAAAUCCAAUCGCCGCCGCAAGAACAGGCAGUUCACCGAAGAAGAACCCAUUGUGCUCUAGUUCGCUUUAUUGUCUAAUCUCAGUCGUCUUCAAAAUUUGUUUAAGUUUAGUGCAUUAUUUAUUUGUUCGUCAUUUUUUUUUACCCCUUUCCAUAUAUUUAUUUAAUAAAUUAUUAUAACAAAAGUAUUUAAAUGUCGUUCAUUGACAGACUAAGUUGACUAAGCAUGCUUUAUUGAUCGAUAACUGCCUCCUUUUGCGCAUAUCGAUUCAAAUCGAUUUCCGAUUGCAAUAAAAUGUACAAUUUUAAAGAUAU